CCAGCCAACACUGGAUUUAAUCUAGCUGGAAGUAGCAAAGCAGGCUCUUUGAAAAAUCACUGGGCUCUGAGUUCAUUACUACAGGAAAACUGUUCUCUCCUGAGGCACAGAGAAACUUGCUUUGGAGCAGCCCUACUGGCUCAGGAGUUUGGUGGCCUAACACCCAUCUCGGAGGACACAUGGCUACCUACGCUCUGCAAAUUGCUGGACUGGUGCUUGGUGGUGUUGGCAUGGUGGGCACGCUGGCUGUUACCAUCAUGCCUCAGUGGAGAGUGUCUGCCUUCAUUGGAAGCAACAUUGUGGUUUUUGAAAACUUCUGGGAAGGACUGUGGAUGAAUUGCGUGAGACAAGCUAACAUUAGGAUGCAAUGCAAAGUCUACGAUUCCCUGCUGGCUCUCUCUCCAGACCUACAGGCAUCCAGAGGGCUGAUGUGUGCUGCGUCUGUGCUGUCCUUCCUGGCUUUCAUGACCGCUGUCCUGGGCAUGAAAUGUACCAGGUGCACUGGGGACGAUGAGAAGGUAAAGGGACACAUCUUGCUGACAGCUGGUAUCAUCUUCAUCGUCACGGGCAUCCUGGUGCUCAUCCCGGUGAGCUGGGUGGCCAAUUCCAUCAUCAGAGAGUUCUACAACCCAAUAGUGGAGACUGCCCAAAAGCAUGAGCUUGGAGAUGCUCUCUACAUAGGCUGGACCACCGCGCUGGUGCUGAUCGCUGGAGGGGCCCUGUUCUGCUGUGUUUCCUGUUACAGUGAGAAGAGCAGAAGCUACAGAUACUCCAUACCUUCCCAUCGCACAGCCCAAAAAAGCUAUCACAUGGAAAAGAAGUCACUGAGCGUGUACUCCAGAAGUCAGUAUGUUUAGUUGGGUCUAGUUUUUAACUUUACCGAUAAAGCUAUGCCAAUGACUGAAAUGCCCACUGUUUUCUAAAAAUGGAACCCAAAGGAACACUGAUUUGUCAUUCUUAACUGCCAUUCUUAGCAUUAAUUACAGGAACUGUGCAUUGGCUAUUUAUGAUUCUAUAAGCUAUUUCAGCAGAAUGAGAUAUUACACUCAGUGCUUUGAUUGUUCUAGGAAGUGCAGUAAUACAUUUUCUAAAAUGAUUCAUGCAUCUUUUCCUUUUGCCAUUACUUCAAAAUGACAUUGUUAAAGACUGUAUUAUUUUACAACUGUGAUUUCUCUAUGACACAGCAUUAUGUAUGUAGAUCAGCAUGACGUUUAUAUCUCAGAUAAAUAGAGACAGGCUUACGGGGCUCUAUUUUAAAUGAAAUUCUGAUUCAAUACACUGAAUAAAUAAAAUUCAACUAUUGCUUUUCAGGGGAAUCAGGGAUAAGAUUGAAGAAGGUUAAUAUUAAUUGUGUAAAAACAGCUUAGCGAUUAAUGCGCCUGAUUUAUAACGAAGGUUAAAACGAAGGCUUUAAUCAUCAGCGUAAAGGAAACUAAAUGGCUUUCUGAUAUCUUGUUUUUCAACCUAGAAGUCAGAAAUCCUAACUCCUUUAUCCUCUUUCCCCAGAGGCCUUUCUUUUCUUGUAUAUUAAAUGAACAUCUUUUAAAAGGCAGAUAUUUUGUCAAGGGGCUUUGCAUUCAAACUGCUUUUCCAGGGUUAGUCUAAGAAGAAAGAUAAAACUGUAGUCUAAGAAACAUUAAAGACUUCAGAAAAGUGAUUUUUUUUUUCCCUCUGAAGUUUUUAUGGUGGAGAAGGAUGCGUUCUGGCAAGGAAUCAUGUAUGUAUGUGAAUAUUUUAACAACUAUUUGAAUACAGACUUUGGGCUUUUAGCAAUAUAAAUAACAGGAUAGGACAAUAUAUCUUAGUUUUUAAUUGCUUAUCAAAAAUCAAAAACAAUUUAUCCUGUCUAUACUCUAUCUGUUCCUGAGGUAUCUGUAGAUACCAAAGAUCAGAUUGUCAUUUGGAUCCCAUCAAAAGCAAAUAUUUAACUUGUUCCUUUUUUUAUUCAGAUUUACUAAGGGAUAGAGAAAUAUCAUACCUUUGUGUUUCCCCCAAAUUUGAUGCAACUGAUAAUUCAAUUUGAAAUUUGUUUCCUUAUUUUGCUAGCCUAAAUGACCGUAUAUAUCUGCUUUAUGUCCUUUAUGUUAAUAAAUUAUGCCUUUUAUAUAAAUUUGA